CUACUUCACGUUUCCACGACUACGGGGUCAGUGUCGCCCUUGAUGACUUGACAGGUGCAUGGCAGUUCAGCUCCCAGCAUGUACGCCAAAGGGAAAGGAUCGACUGUACCCUCCGAUGCACAAGCAAGAGAAAAGUUAGCCCUCUAUGUAUAUGAAUACCUACUCCAUGUCGGAGCACAGAAAAGUGCACAGACGUUUUUGUCAGAAGUUAGGAGUGGAAUAAUUAGCAAAGACAAUGACAUGUGGAUACGAUGGGAAAAGAAUAUAACGUUAGGAGAACCGCCUGGGUUUCUACACUCCUGGUGGUGUGUGUUUUGGGAUUUAUAUUGUGCAGCACCAGAAAGGCGGGAAACAUGUGAUCACUCGAGUGAAGCCAAAGCAUUUCACGAUUAUGGUCAAGGGUCAAAGUUCAAGGUCACAGUUCCACAGGGUUUUGUAAAUUCAGGGUAUGGGGUAAACGGUAUAGCACAUAAUGCAGGCCCAGCACCUAGUCCGCUGGGACAGAUGCCCCCUCAGGACGGGAUGCCAGGAGGACCAAUGCCCCCAGGUUUUUUUCCGCCUCCAGCUUCCCAGCCGUCCCCCCAUUCACAGCCUCAACACAACCCCGGGAUGAUGCAGGGCCAACCCAAUCAACCAUUUAUGUCACCGCGAUAUCCAGGUGGUCCGCGAGGUCCUGGGUCAGUGCGAUUACCUAAUCAAGUAGACUUCAAUAACAGCGGCACAGGCCAGAUGCCAAUGGGGAACAGCAUGGAGCCCAGACCAGGUCAUCCUGGUAUGGGACCAAUGCCAAGGAUGGGGCCCGGGGGACCACGCAUGCCUGGACCUAUGAACCCGUACGACUCAUUACCUAACUAUGCGGGUGGUAUGAGGGGACCUCCUCCCAACAGUAUGGGCCCAGGGGGGCCUGGACCUGGGGGCAUGCCCCCUAUGUCUAUGCCAGGGCCAGGGGGACAAGCAAACAGACCAUGGCCACCCACAACAUCAUCUAUAAACUAUUCAUCAGCAUCACCAGGUAGCUAUAAUGGUCCCACUGGAGGAGGGCCACCCGGCACACCCAUAAUGCCCAGUCCACAAGGAUCCCAAGGACCAUUCUCACCAGCAAGCCAUCAACGAAUCGGGUCACGACCAGAUGAUGUAGAGCCACAAAAGAUGCUGUGUUUAGAUUCUACGAAUUCAGGGGACGGGAUGUAUGGAAUGAUGAAGGGUCCUGGACCUGGAGGCAUGCCAGGAAUGCCAGGGCAGUUUCCUAAUAUGCCAGGCGGGCCAGACGGACAAAUGGGGAUGGGGCCAGAAAUGGGAUCAGUGAUGAAUGGUGGUGAUAUAGACGGAAUGAAGAACUCUCCAGCAAAUGGUCCCGGGACACCCAGGGACGAUCUGCCGCCCGUGAGCGGGGCCGUGUCAGGGGAUAUGGGUGGCUACCCCAGCCUAGGCUACCAAGAUAAUGACCAAACGGAGUCUGCAGCAAUCCUAAAGAUUAAAGAAUCUAUGCAGGAGGAGGCAAAACGGUUCGAAAAAGACACUGAUCACCCCGACUAUUUCAUGUCACAAUGAAGCGCGAUUCACUCUUGUUUAUAAGAUAGAGUAAAGUCUAUUGUAAAUUAUUCUGUUAUUUAUAAGGUUUUGUACGUAUACAUCUUUGAUAACUACUGUUAGCAAGUAAGGGAGAAAGAAAGAAAGACAGCGCGAGAUAUCUGACCUACAUUGCAAACAUACACAAUGACAUUGUUUUUUUCCCAUGUCAUUCAUUUAUGAGUUAUAUGAGGGUUUUUUUGACUUCUGUUUUUUUUAAAGAAGCAAACAAAUUUUAAAAAAUACAAACUGGUGCUGACACUACGGUCAUCUGUAGCAACUAGACUUUUGGGUCACAGUGGUCGGCUAUAGAACUGGGGCAAGCUGAGCUUAUAUAUGUCUUACCAUUAUGAUGUCAUUUGUCCUUGCUUAUUGUGUUCUCCAUUAAACCUGUCUCGGGAGAAUGUUUGUCAUCUCGUCUGCCAACUAACAUCACCAUAUAAAAUUUCAGCAAAACAAAUCUGGCAACAACAAAAAAAAUACAAAUAAAGAUUUUUUUUCACAUGUUUCCAGUAAAGUAUUCCAAAAGGCAUCCAAUUGGUACUGAGGUGGAAAGACCUUUUUUCAAGAUAUCCAUUCAAAAUUUAGUGCUUUUUUGUGCUGUAGGAGACAAAACAUUGACUGUGUUAUCUCAUUUAAAUCGGGUCAAACUAUUGGUUUAUUUCAAUUUAUUAUGUCAAAAGUAAAGGAUAUCUCUCACGGACCAAAUUUCUUGAAGAUUUAUAGACAAUAUGUAGGGAACAGAACAAAGGAAGGGAGACAACUCUGGCUCACAGUAACUUGUAUAUAUUUAUAACUGAGAGAACACGGUUUUGCUAAGUUUCCUAGAGAUUGACUUUGGUGCUGCUUGUUUUUAGUUGAUGGCAUAGGAGUGGGCAGCCCAUGGUCCUUGUACCCAUGGUGACUGACCCUGAAAUCAUUUAACAUUGCUUUGACAUAGUCUCUUUCUAACCAAUCGUAGAGUGUCUGUUUCAUAUGCAUGUCUACUGCCAUAUCACCAUUUUCUUUUGCCGAAAAGAAACAAAAAGAAAAUAGAAUUAAGGUGCUUUUUUAUGUUUUUAUUUUUUUGCAUUAAACAUUUGCUCAUUCGUUAUUUUCCAUUCUAUCCAUCAUUCGCAUACAAAUUUGGUGCCAGUUAACAUGUUUGAUGCGACAUAUGUGAUUCUGGGUAAAACGUUAUGCUAUAAAGAAGAGAAACCUUUUUUUUGUUGACUAUUUAUUUAUUUUUUUAAUUUAUUUUACAUUUUAAGUUUGCAAGAGAUUUUUUUGUUGUUUUCCCAAGCAAUGGCAGUUGACAUGAUCCUUACUGUGUACAUAUAUGUGGUAACACCAGUUCUUGCCUCAGUUCGUACGACACACUACAACCCAGAGUCCCCUCUUCAUUCCCCCUCUCCAGUGGGGGCAUGACACAUUGGUCACCGUUGUCAUGGUGAUGGGCUCCAUCCCACGACAGCGUUGAAAUUGUCAUCAGGAUUGUUUGAACAAGAAAUAGUCUUGAAGCCAAAGCGGAGUCCCACCUUUUAUUUAUUGUUAGCUUAUAGGAGCCUUUUUUAUCUCUCGCUUUGUAUUAACAAGUUAACAAAUCUACUCAUUCAUUAUGCCUCUCUUUAGUUUGAUCUGCAUGGACCAACUAAGCUGUAAUGAUGAAACAGUGACAGUCGUAGCUUCCUUGUGGAAUAUCGUUAGACCUUCUCUGAAGCUGUGUCACACAUUACAAGUGCUACAUUUAGUAUGUUGUCAUUAUGGAAACCCACACAAACGAUAUUUAAUGUCGUUGAUUUUUGUGUCAGUUUUUUUUUUCCUUCUAUGUUGAGCAUUGGCUUGAAGAUUAUUUCUUCAGUACACAUCCCCACUUUAUCUUUUGCACACAUUGUUAAAACAUCGGACAUUUUCAAGGACCAAAAUUUUCAAAAGCAAAAAGAGAACAAAAUCACUUCAAACUAUUGUGAUUUUAUUUUGUCAACUUUCUUUUUGAACAAAACUUUUUUUGUUUCAUUUAUCAUAUAAAUUUGAUAUAUAGUGUAAGUGGUGUAGUCCGUUGACCACCGUGAAAGAUAUUGUGAUCACAUAACCACUGUAUUGUGCUCAUGUUUCUUCAUUUUACAAAUUCCCAUCUCUUCAUGGUACAUCUAUAAUUGAACCUGUUUCUCCUCCCCAAAUACUUUUUUGUCAAUAUAAAUAUAUUUUUCUUAAUUGUAUUCUUGGAUAUGAUUUCAUAUUAAUUUCCAUACAAUAUGGACACUUGUUUUUGCCGCCAUCAUUUAAUCAUAGUGGUCACUUUAGUUUCCCUCUGAUUCCCACAGUAAGAGCGGCAUUCUGGAUUUUUUCAUACUCGACCAUAAGUCAUCACUAAUUUAGACAUCUUUCAUUUAAUCAUUAAUUGCCAUCUAACUCUACAGUCAAAUAUUAUGACAUUCAUGUGAUUUAGAGGGGAAAAAUUAUAGAUGUAUUUGACUUUUGGGUAUUACAGUUAGCAGCUCUGCCCACCCCUAUUCAUGAUAAGAUAUGUCCCCUCUCCUCCAUAAGAGAAUCAAAUGUUGAUGGGUUUAGGUUCAUUUUCCCUUCCCCUCUAUAAGGGUUUGUUUUACAGUUUUCUGCCCUGCCGCUUCAUUAUAGAAUUAAAUGUCAUUAGGUGAAGGGUUAUUGCCUCUCCUCUCUAUCAGAGACUAUCGGUGGGUUUAGUUAUUUGCCCUCCCUCAAUCAGAGACUAUCGGUGGGGUUAGUUAUUUGCCCUUCCCUCUAUCAGAAAAGUCAAUGCCAGUCGGUUGCCAUACACCGUUUGUAUAAAUAUUAACACCACAUACAAGCUUCUUACAAACCACCAUGCAACUAGUUACCACUUUAGAUCAUCUACAAUCAGGAUGUGCCAGUUCCAUUGAUUGGUUACUGUCACUGAGCAUUAUUAUGUGAUCUGAUCGGCCACCUUUACUCACCGUCUGGACACAUGGUCUCUUUUUGGUCUCUUUUUCCCCUCAAAACUCAGCUUAAGACCUCACUACCGAGUAGAUUUCACAGCUUCAAUAGUUCACUCUGUCCCAUUUUAUUGCAAUUUGGCCUCCACAAAAGUUCUAUCAACAUGUUUUAUUUUGUAGCAAAUUGAUGAUACAACCAAACUGAAUCUUUUCCUAAGAUUUUAUAAGCAUUUUAAUGCACUUAAUUAAAAUUGGGUCUAAGGGAGAUAACUCUUUGUUGAUCAGUUACUCAUAAAAACUGGUGAAAUUGAGAUCCAGUUAUAUCUAAUAAUUAAUCUUAUAUUUAUGUAAAUGCAAUAUUCAAUCGAAGAGAAGUACAAUUAAAAUGGGUUGGGGAUAUGGGGGACCUCAUUAUAUGGUAAUCAAAUUUGGUUGAUCAAGGUGACUUGAUGCAUGGUGGUGGCUUGUACUAGGAACAUUUCUUCGUUUCUCUCAUUAAAUCAUAGUCUGUAUAACACAUAGAGUUAGCUCUCAGUAAUCUGGCGACUGUUUUGUGUAAAGUUUACCAUGGUAGGCACUGGUCAAAGUGUGAAAGGUUGUGUGCAUGGAUGAUGGAGCACCGUGAGCCAGUGGAGCGUGACAGUGACAGUGUGGUAUUUGGUUGUGGACGAUUGGUUGAGCAUUGUUACAUUACUGAUUGUGACAGACCUAUUUUUCAGUAUGUGUCUGGGUUAUCAUAUAAAUAUAUAUAUAUCAAAUAAUUAUUAUUAACAUGUAAAUUGUAUCAUACAAGUGUUCCCUCUUCUCUUCCUGUUGUGUUUCAUAGAAUUCUCCACUUUUCAUGUAUUUAUGUUAAAAUGAUCAAAAUGUCGUCAUUAAAUGGGCAAGUAGAUUUCUUUCCCCAGUAUUUGUACAAAUGUCUUUUAGACUGUUUUUGAUUGUAGGGUAGUCUAAAAUCUCCCUCUCAUUCUAAGAGAAUAUAUGCAAAAUAGAUGUUCCAAUUUAUCUUCAGUAGUAGUGAAUCUUUACACCUUGAAAAGUUUGAAGAAUUCUAUGAGUUUUCAAGCAAGAAAUUUUGAUAGAUAUUUUUCAAACAUAUUUUUGACGUCGCACCCAGAAAACGUCCACACUUUUCAUUCACUUGUCUAGUUGCUCGUCAAAACAUGUAAAAGCAAAUUAUAUUAAAAUUUAUCGUUUUUUUAGACGGAUUAUGGCAAUAUUUUAAGUUGUUCAGCUGAGAAAGGACAAACUAGAUACUCUACAGAGAAAUGCUUGUAGCAAUACAGGUCUCUGGUCACAGUUCUAUAAUUCGGUCUUUUACACAAGUUCUCAUCUUCAUUAGCUUGAUUGUUAGUAAAAAUGUGAAAUUUCAAGCUUGAUAACUUUUAUCAAAAUGAUUAAAACUACAUGAAUUUGAAACUUUCUAACAAGGUUGAUAGAAUAUUUAUUGAUAAUUUUCAAGGUGGUUAAGUUUUAAAUCUUAUAAUAUGAUGAUGUUUUUCGUGAACAACCAUUUCUAAACUGUUCCUGUCCCUUGGUUUACGCAGUGGUGAAUGCCUUCUUGUUAGGAGCAUUUCAAAGUUCGGUAUUCAAGGGACACAACUCACCUGGCAGCCAUAUUGAAAAACGAUUGCUCAACCAGCUCGGGAUUAAGACAAGUGGAGAAGAUGUGGAUAUUUGUGGGAGUGACCAAGGGAGGGGCCACUCACUGACCGCGUUACUGUCCAGCUGUGUAAGCCAAUACAUUCCCAUCACUUUCUUUGCUGAGUGUUCUAACGUCCCAUGAGGAAUCUGUGUCUGCUGUCAGCUAGCAACCCCUGAACUCCAGUCAGCUUGUUCAUAUCAAUGCACAGGCUGUCUACUGCAGAUUUAAGGGGUGUUAAGUUGACCAAUAUCUGUGUAUACUGUCAGUUUAUCACCCUCACUGCAGUCGACUGGUCCACAUACAUUCAUUGGAUCUGUCUAUCGCAAAUUAAAGGGUGUUAGGUUGACAAAUAUUUGUAUCUACUGUCAGAUAACCACCCUUUUUUCUGCAUUGGACUGGUCCAGAUUAAUGUAUGGGAUCUGUUUAUUGCAGGUUUAAGGGGUUGUUUUGUUGACCUGAAAUAAUCCCAAACAAUGAUGUCUCAAUUUAUAUAAAUUAUGUGCUAACAGAGUAAAACUUGGUGCUGUUCAGAGAUUUCCCAUAGUUCAAACACCGAGUGUUACGUUGGAACUAAUGCCACUCACUGAAUGGUCCCCAGUAGAUACCCUGGAAGGGAUGUAGUAUCAAGAUGGAGGUCCGACCUAAUUUGGUACUGGACAGACACAGGUUCCACACUAGGGACUUGCUGGAAAAAAACUAUGUGUUCAACGAAAACCAAAAACAUGCUGGAAUUGCAUGUUGAGGUUGUUUUAUAAUCCACCAAAUCUCUAUUAACUGUGGAAGUCUAGGAUAAAACCACUAACAGGUGGUGGUGGUGGUUAACAAAUGUUUUAUUGAUGUGUUCAUGUACCUCUUGUUUCUAUGGUUACCAUCGGUUGCUAUGGCUACAGUACAUUACGUUUUUGACAACACAGUUGGACCUAAGUUGUCAGUGUCAAUGUCCAGCAAUUCUGGCGGUCAGUUUGUUAUAUUGGGGGGGUGGACAAUCUGCAUGUUUUACUUAAUUGUAUGACUGGCUGGACUUAAGCCAGCAUAAUUUAAUUUGUAGGUUGUUCGUAGUUAUACUUGUAUUUGACAGAAAAUUACAAUUCCUCAGAAAAUUAUUCAUGCCAUUUACCACUCAAUUACAUAUAACAUUGUUAUUAUUUAGAAAAUCAUUUUUAUGAAGAACACUUUCAUCAUUAACAAAAUGAAUCAUAUCUGUUAAAGAGUUUCCUGGUGUAAAAAUAUUCAUUUCAUUUAAAAAAAUGGAUUUUUUUCUGGGGAUAUUAUAAUUUCUUGAAAAUAUCAUUUCAAAUACGCAAAUAUUAUUUACAGAAUAUUUUUUCAAUUGUUAGGUAAAAGACGAUGUGUUGUUUUACAGAAUAGGUUAAGAGUUGUCUCCCUUCACUUUUCAUUUUCAAUCUCAUUGUUAUUUUUGUCCAAACUUAAGAAUGCUCAUAUGGGAGAUUCCUUAUAAUCAUGAUUGUAUUUUGUAUGAUAAUUUAAGAUGCAAGAACCCAAAUGUCAUGCGACGUUUGGUAAAUUAAGAAUAUCAUUAUGUAUUGGUAGAUAUGUAUAAUGAUGCGACAAGAUUGUAUAGCAUACCGAAGAAUAUUGUGUCCUUCAUUUUGUAAUAAGUACCAUAGAGGCAUCCUUUCAUGGUGAGACAUUUUGAUCAAACAGUAAUAUUAUUAUUAUUAUGUGAUGUUGGUGUUGUGUUUACUUCUGACUCAUUGGCAUUUUACUGUCGCCACCCAACAACACACGACGGUGGGAGACUCACAAACUAAAAUUACACACAAUUUGCCACGAUCUCAGUGCAACAGUGCCCAUGCUCCGAUUCAUUGAUGAUAUUAGUGAUAAUGAUGAUGUUUCUAUAUUUGUAACAGAAAUUUGCAUGUGAAUAUAAGGGGUGAAAGUCACUUUAUAUUUUGCUGGGAGUCCACAGAUGAAGAGGUUCAAAAUCGUUCAUUUUCUGGGUACGGCAAAGUGUUUAUAUUAUAUAUAUACAUAACAGAUAUAUAUAUGUGUAUAUAUAUAUAUUGUUGAGCAUUCUGGGUAUUUAUUACACACAAAGUGAUGCUCCUGGGAACAUCAGGGGUCUAUGAUCGUGAACUUUUCCUACAUUUAAUUUUUUUUGUUUUUUUUGCUUUGUAAAUCGCAAAAGCAACUUUUCGUUAUUUUGAAACAUUUUUCAUCAAUGUACAUUGGUCAUUUAAUCAUACCUUAAAUUGAUUUUAAGACACAAAUCAUGGUAUUUCUCCCUAUCUCAUUUGGAUUCCCCCGAAAUGCCCCCAUCUUGGACCUUCCAUUGAUAAUGUAGCAUUGUAACAGCCCUGCCCAGAGCCUCAUUAUACAUACAAUACACUGCCCCAGCCAUUGGUUGUGACUGGGAGCACCUGCCUGCCUUGGGCCCCUGUUUGUUAAAACAAUUUUAAAAUCCUAAAUGGAGCAUCACCGAGAAUAAAACAUAAAAGACACCAUAAACAUAUAUAGUUACAUUUUUAGUGGGUGGGGGCGGGCCGCGACAAUAAAAUGUAGUCAUUGGGGAAAAAACAAUCAAAACUGGGGUGAUCAUAUAACAUGAUUUGUCACUACAUCACAAUUUUUGAAGAAGUCAUUUUAUAUUAUAUAUAUGUGUACAUGAAGUGUAAAGGAUAAGAGGAAACACUUUUAAUUUGUUUUUGUUUUUUUUUAAACGUGGUCUCAUUUAAACAGCACACCAACACAACACAUGGACACACCCAUUCUCCUGUUCUCAUCCCAUUAUGUACAGACAUCCCAUAAUAUGUACAGUCUCUCCUCGUCUACCUGUGUAUGUGACUAUGAAUGUGUUAGUCGUCAUGGUAUCCACUUUUAGUUGGGUGUAUCCAUGAUCCUUGUAUGUUGCGAUAUUGUACAUGAUUCUUCUGUAGUCAGCAAACAUGAGGGCUAUGAUUACAAUUAAACAUCUGUGAGACCAUUGGAAAUUGA